GGAGUAGUCCACAUUGUUCCUUCGGUCGACAAAUUGCCGGAUUUGGGGAGGUGCAGUCUGACAUGGAGGCAGAGGUUCUCAAAUAUCCACCGCGCGGUGAUCUGGCUUGUUGGAACACGUGAAAUAAUACGCGAGCGGCGAUGCCGUGCCGUUCACCUUUCAUGUGCCAGGACUUUCCCACGCCGCCUUCCCUUCAUUUACAAAUUCGGUCGACUGUUCUUGACCUUUCUCGAACAGGUCACAACACAGUCAACUUGCCGACUACCGCCACUAUGGCGACUCUGGAUGACGAUGCCGCGACCGAUGCCGAACUCGAAAAGAUCGCCGCCGCACUAUCAUCGCUCAGCGUUACUCAACGCAAGAAGAUUCAAGGUGUAUUGCUGCCUGAAUGCCUCCGCGUCGCCAACUUGAAUGACUCGAUGCUCCUCCAGUUGCCACAAGAGCUUCGAGACACGAUCUACGAACUGGUUCUUGAAGACAGACGGUACACUCAACCCGGUCUCACCCUUUAUCGCGCCUUCUACCCCGCCCCACCCGUGCUCUUUCGAGUCUGUCAUCAGAUCAGAGAGGAAUUCGCUCCGAAGUUCUGGGAGAACAUCUUCUUUGCGGGGUCGAUGGAUGAGUCUAUGAUCAGAAACCGCAUGUCCUCAGUCGAGCCACUGCACAUCAAAGCCAUUCGGAGAAUUCAUCACAACUACUACGCGGACCGGCGCGGAAGCGAGAGCAAGAGACAUGCUGUGGAAGUCGCGGAGGAGUUUGAACUUGCUUUCGGGCUCCAGAAGGGGGUCGUAUGGGUGACUUGUACCAUUUAUUCUGAAGACGGGAGUGAUCGCUUCUUAUACAAUGGGAUGGCGAACUCUCUCGGAGAAGUUGAGAAGAAAGCGUACACGGAAGUGCGAGUGCUCUAAUGUGGUCAAUAUGCUGGUAAUGAGCUCUCGGCAAAGAGAACCGCGCGCAAAAACUUGAGUCACAAGUAGGCCUCGCUGCUUGAGCUUAGGUUUCUCCGACGCUGCAGAGGCUCAUCGAUCCUGCACUGUACCAAAAUUGAUGCU